AGCCCCUACUCCACUGCUGAGACCUGACCUUGGGGAGAAGACAGGGGUCGAGGGAUGGGGGGUGGUUCUGCCCUGCAGGAAGGGGAGAUGAGCUCCCAGAGUCCCCUACUCUGUUGGCCAGGGGCUGCCUCCACCUGGGAAGCCCCCCAGAUCCUGGGCGCCCACACGUCACCCUGUGUCCCUCAUCACCAAGGACCCUCCUGCAGCCCUACAACCCACGCGACGCCUACGUCCUGGCUCUCUGAAAGGUGUCCAGUGUCUCUCAGAAAGGAUCCAGAUCCCCAUGGACCCCUAUGGAUCUCCAAAGGAGGGCUCCCUUGAGCCCAAGAGCAUUCCUGAGAGCACAAGGGCCCCCUGCUCUCCACUGCUUCCGAUGGCCCCUGAUGUUUCCACAGGCAGGGCGCUGCAGAGGCCAUGGGUGAGGGUCAUAUAUCAUGAAGGGCAUGUGGAGCCAGCACUGGCCCACCCUCACCAGGGCCUGUGUGGCCUGGGCGUCCCCGCUUCCUGUGGGCCCAGCCCCCAGGUUAGGGGAGAUUCAGGGCCUCUGAUGUGUCCCAGCCCCCAGCCACCAAGUGUCCAGGGCCAGCCACAUCUCUCUCCACCCCUGCCCCCCAGCCACCCACCCAACCCCAGUCCAGACUCCAGGGUCUGGGCAGUCCCGUCCCCAGGCCACCCAGCUGCACACCCUCCCUCCUGCACCCCAUCUCUCAGCCCCACCCUCGUCUCCAAAUGGUCACCACCAGGUCACAAACACCCUCCUCCUGGCCCACCCACGCUCCUGACCUCAAAUCGGCCCCCGACAUCAGCGGGCCUCACCGCAGGGGGCGGGGCCACCAGGGACCCCUUCUCUGCUCUGCGUUGGAGUGCUGGUGGGACCUGGGGGGCAGCAGGCCUGUCCACGCAGCUGUCCACCCCACCGCUCAAGGGGGAGGGCAGCUCCACUCCCAGGGACGCAACGGACACGGCACCGCUAGAGGGCGCCAGGCACCACUGUGUCUCCUGCCAGCCGCUGGAGGGGUGCCACUGGGACAGAGGAGGAUGGAGAAGGGAACUGGGGCUCAGAGAGGUAGAGUCAGUGCCUCCAGGUCAAAGAGCCAGUGAGAGGCCCAGGCCUGGGUCUAGGGCUGACCUGUCCACUCGCUCAACCCACCCACCCCACCCCAGUGCACCCUGCUGCACCUCCUCCUUGUUCUGCUGAGGCCUGGAGUGUGGGGUCCCCAGGCAAGAGGCAAGAAUCACACUUGUCACUGUGUGACGGGGCCCAGGAGCCCGAGUCCCUGCCCAGUGUGUCUGAUGUUCCCUCCACGAGGGCCAAGCUCAGCCACUGCCUGCCCUGCUGCCAGGUGGCUGGCUCUCCGCUCCCGAGGCCGGGAGGGAACAAGACCAGCCUCCGUAGGGGAGGCGGCCUCCUGAGUGGGCUGAGUGAACCAGGUCUUCGGGGUCAGGGCCACGUGCCCUGCUGGCAUCCAGGCCACUGCACAGCCACUCACUUGGGUCACCUCCUGACGCCCCCAGGGGCCUCUGUACCCCGUGUCAAGGCUCACGGGCCAUCCCCUCCUUCCUCACACCCCACCCACUCCACAAGUCCCUGCCCAAGGGUCCUCUGGCCACACAUUGUCUCGUAUCUCAUGGCCCGAGGCAGCACCAGUGCUGUCCCAGAACAUUCCCACUGUCCUCACUGGCCACAAUGGGGCUGCCCCAGCUUCAGCCAGCCUACGAAUUGCAGAGUCCUCAGGAAGACACCCUCCUCGCAGCCUCCACCGUCCCUGGGCCCUGAGUGGGUGCAACGACCCACGGGACCUGUGACGAGAAGUGCCCGUUGGCAGGGUGACCUGCCCUGUCCUGACUGAGCCCCCAUCCUGGGCUCCCCCAAAGGCCUGGACUGUCUGCUGCUCUUGGGUCCCUGGCGCCCCCUGAGAGCCCGAAUGUCCAUAAAUGAGGUUUCCUGAGAACCUCUGCUGCGCACUCGUCCCCCAGAGGUGAUGCCACCCUCGCCCCCUCUGGAUCCUCCCCAGCCCCAGCCAGCCCACAUUCAGCCUCCAGAGUGCCCUCACCAGGACCCCAGAACCGUAAGGCCCGAGCACCAGGGAGAGAUGGGCAGGAGACGGAGUUUGGGGUGCUGUGGGCAUCUGGAGGUGCGGGUGCACCCCAGGACUCAGACGACAGGAUGGGCGGCAGACACAGUGGAGGCGGGCGGGAUCCAGCAGGGGACUGGGCAGCAGGGGAGGGCAGCUUCCCCAGGGCCCAGGACAAGGCUGCAUGCAUGCAGCUCCUGGAAGCCGUGUCCAUCUCUCCCCGCCCCCACCCCCCAACCCCAUCUCCCCAACGCUCCCUCUCCCCCUCCUCCCCGGAUGAGUCCUGAGUAGGUGGGGAACUCAAGAAGCCUCUUCCACCUGCAGAAUGUCUGACGGGUCAAGCUGCCCUUGGUUCUGACCCAGGCAUCACCCAGGGGCCUCCACCAUCCCUGCAGCCUCCAUCUUGAGGUCUGCGCAGCACAGACCCUCACGCUGGCGCUGCUGGGGCCUCCCUCAGCCCCUGGCAGACAGGGCCUGGGUCUGCUGGGCACCUUCUAGCGGCCACGGGUGUGUUUCAGCCAGACAAAGAGCCCGUGGAGCCCCGAAGACUCAAAGGACACUCCCAGCCCUCUCCCCUGGAAUGUGUCUCGGAGAAAGGGGUUUGGAGCAGCCCUGGGCUGAAUCACCGUCUCUGGAAAUCACCUCACCUUCUGAAGCUUCCUGGAAAGGGAACUGGCAGCUGCAGGCAUCCUCAGCUGGUGGUGGUGCCUCCAGGAGCAGCUGGGUCUCUGCAGAGGGGCUGUGGUCAGCAGGGCGGCCGGAGGUCCACCUCCCCUGCCCCAGGGCACCACUGACCUGU